AUGGGGCAUUCUCCGCAUAUGAAAUUAGUUAUCGUGAUGAAACGUUUAUGCAAAAGUACGACAUCUGAUAGUGUCGAUGAUUAUACUCGUAUGGGUGCCACUACAAUAUACUAUUAUCUAAAAGGAUUUUGCCACACCAUUUGCAUGACUUUUGGAGAAAGAUAUUUGCGUGAACCCACUCCUGAAGAUGUUCAGAGGUUGCUAGCUGAGAAUGCAGAACGAGGUUUUCCUGGAAUGCUUGGUAGUGUUGAUUGUAUGCAAUGUCCAUGGAAGAAUUGUCCGAUAUCUUGGAAAGGAACUUACCGGGGUAAAGAUAAACAUAAUAGUCUGGCAUUAGAGGCGGUGGCAUCAUACGAUUUGUGGUUUUGGCAUGCUUUUUUUGGAAUGCCUGGAUCAAACAACGAUUUGAAUGUGUUUGCACACUCACCCCUUUUUGAUAACAUGCUAAAGGGUGUAUCACCUCCAUGCAAUUAUGUCAUCAAUGGUCACCAAUACAAUAUGGGUUUUUUCUUAGCCGAUGGUAUCUAUACAAAGUUGACUAUAAUUGUACAAGCUUUCAGUUAG